UAGCUGAUGGUUUAGUCAUCACUUUGAUCUUUAGUCAUGAAGGUGAGGUCAUCAGUGAAGAAACUCUGUGAGUUCUGUAGGACAGUCAAACGCCGUGGAAGAGUGUAUGUGCUAUGCACAUCUAAUCCAAAGCACAAGCAACGCCAAGGACUAUCAACAUUUGCGUAUGAAGGUCCACUGCCUCCUGUGAUGUCUGAAAUGGGUGCCAAGCAGGAGGUUUCUUCAAGUUAUGGCUCGGGGUUGGGUCUGGCAUCUCUCCUUCCCAAAAAGCAAGUGCCGCCUCUGGUUUAUGGCUGGAGGACAGGUUUGGCAUCCCUUCUGUCAAAACAGGACAAGUGAUCAUCAACAUUACCAUUUCAGAAAGUAUUAAUGUUAAGUUGAUCAGGAGACAAGCUUUAGAGAUUCAUAUGUUGUAGAAGUGUUGGUUGAAUAUUGUUCCUUGCUCUGUUGCAACUUGCUUUGUCCUUUGAUUAGUUGGAUAUGGUCACCUGUUUUGGCCAACUUCUUUUAUGUUUCUUCUUCAUUUCGUUGUUUUUUCUUCGUAAUUGGUAGAAAGAUGUUCCAUAGAUGGAAGCCUAAUUGGUAGUUGGGUU